AAUGUUGAGAAUUGGAUUGGAGGCAGAUGAUGCAGAAAUUGAACGUUUAAUUAAAGAAGUAGAUGAGGAUGGAAAUGGAGAAAUUGACUUUCCAGAAUUUUGUCAAUGUAUGAAAACGGCUGAAAGACAGGGAGGUUUCCGUCAACGGCCAACAAAUGAUGAAGUUGUUUUUGAUCAAGACAAGAAUGGUUUAAUAUCUGAAAAUGAAUUUAUUGAAAUUGGUGGUUUCUCUCAUGAAUUGGCAGAAUUUGUAUUUCGAGAACUUUUAGGAGAUUCUUCGGCAGAUCAAUUAGAUAUGGAUAGAUUCUCUGCAAUUGUUGAAGAUUAUUUACUUUCUGAUAAUAAUAAUGGAAAUAAUAAUAUAAAGGAGAAAGAAGAUGAAGAAGAAGAAAAUUUAAAUAAUAAAAAUAAUGAUGGAAAUUUAAUUAAAACUAAAUUAUUUUAA